GUGUAAACUUCCGGUUCAUAGACCUUUCAGCAAAAAAUCUGUUUACAACGAAGAAACUCAUAGAACUGUUGAAAUUUUACAAAAUCGAGUCCUUACUGCUAAAAAAAUUGAGAAUUGUAAACUAAGGAAUUAAGAUAUUUACAUUAAGAGUUUGAUAAAACUUAAAAGAUACUAGAGAAUAUGAUCACAUUGUCAAAAAAAUUAAAACAACAGAGUUCCACAGGAAAGAAAGAAAAUGAAGAAAAUAAAAGAAUAUCUAUCAGAGACAAACUGUUAGUGAAAGAGGUUCAAGAAAUGGAGGAACAUUUACCUAAGACAUGUAAAGUAAACUUUGAAGAUCCCAAUACUCUUCAUAAGUUUUCUUUAAUAAUCACACCUGAAGAUGGAUUCUGGCAUGGAGGAAAAUUUAAAUUUACAAUAAAUAUACCUGAUGAAUAUAAUAUAUUGCCUCCUGUUGUGACAUGCCAAACCAGAAUAUGGCAUCCAAAUAUUGAUGAGGAAGGAGAGGUCUGUCUUAGUUUAUUACGCCAAAGUUCUUAUGACAGUUUAGGUUGGGCUCCUACAAGAAGAUUAAAAGAUGUGAUAUGGGGGUUAAAUUCUUUGUUUGCUGAUUUAUUAAAUUUUGAUGAUCCAUUAAAUGUAGAUGCAGCAGAUCAUUAUAGCAGGAAUAAGGAAUCAUUCAAAACCAAAGUGAAGGAAUACAUAACUAUGUAUGCCACUAGAUAGUGAUUCAUAAAACCUCCUGUUAUUGCCAUGUGUUCAUUUAUCAAGACUUCAUUUUACAUCAUGCCCCUUUUUAAGAAAAGGGAGAUAAUUUGAUAUUCAGGUGAUCUGAUACCUUAUAAAGGUGUGCUGAAUAUUUGAGAAUGAGGCGAGCUGUAAGAAGAGAGAAUGUUCUCUCAUCAGUUGACAUGGAAUUUGUGAUAAUUUGUGAAAAUGAUUUGCCGUGAACCAGAACGUUAGAGGUUACUACAUGUAUGAUAAUGUAUUUAGUUUGACUGCUUUAUAUUUACCAUUUUAUCCUGCCAGCUCAGUGAUUAUUGAUUUUUUUUUUUAUUUAAGUGCAUAAUUCAUGAAAUAAAGAAUACAGUAUUGAAUAAGAUAGUAGUGUACAAACUGUAUAGAAUAUUUUUUUUGUGAAACUAAAUUAUUUAUCGGAAUAAUGGAAAUUAAGAAAUUUUUAUAUUUCCCGUUUAACAGACAACACUUUGAAAUUUCUAUGGUCUCACU